UAAGGAUUUUAUGUUUAGAGGGUUUACCAGAAUUUCUGGAUAUUAUUUUUUUAUAUUCAAGUUUAAAUGAAUUAACCCACUAUGGCUUUGGAUGAUCCCAGGAUAGAAUGGAUUCGGGAUCGAGUGUGUCUUGGUUUGAACAUUAAAGACAAUGAGGUGUUCAAUGAAAUGUUAUCAAGAUAUGAAGGUGAGGAAGAAAUUAAACUUCAACAUUUCUUCAAUGAGUCAUCUGAUGAUGAAGGAACAUCUGCUUUACUCUUCUAUGUCCUCAUGGUGGAAGAAGAGGAGGAAGUUGAAGUUGAAUGUGAACCUGAUAUUCCUGACAUAACAUCAGAUGCUGGUUCAACUUCAAGUGACAAACCACACAGUGCUGCAUCUGCUAAUGGGGAAGCCCCUGAUGGUGAUUCUCCGGAAGAAAAAACAACAGAAGCUGAGAAACCUCAAGAGGAAGGUGAAACUGAAGCAACAUCAAAUGAUGCGGAUCCUUCAGCAGAAGAUAAUGUGGUUGCUGAACAGCCCAUUAACACGAAAAUCAUUGUUCAAAUGGUGGAACGACAAAUAUUAUACGUUUGUGAAAAUCACCUGCCUGAAGAUCAGAUGGAUAAGGAGUGUGUAUAUUUCCUAAGGAACCUCAGCGGAGUUAUCCCUGUUCCCAAUGACAUUGAUGAAGCGAAUUCAACGCUCUCCAUGUAUGUUGAGUCAGGUGUGCUCAACAGUAGUUCCCUCAUCAUGUUGGAACAAAUGAUCGCACAGGUAUUUAUGCCUUUAUUAUCCUUUGGUCAACAUAAAUCGGGUGAAAUUCUUCCGUCCGCUGCUCAAACUCCACAACUUCAACAAUACUCAGCAUCAACACCUGGUGGUGAAACACCUCGGGAGGAAGAACUGCAUCAUGAAAGUCAGGCUAAAGCAAUGAUGCGUGAUGAGUUUCUUAUGAGUUUAUCAAAGUUUGUAAAACAUAUUCAGCGAACAAGUCAACAACUUGAAGGUGAAAUAAGACUGGACAUUCCGAAUUUGAACUUGGAUGGCGAUAUGAUUGAGUUGGCCCGUCGUCCUGGAUUGAUGGAAGAUAUUGAAAAUGCUUGCGGGAAUUGGCAACAACAAAUUUCAGCCGCCAUCGAGCAACAGCUGAAGAAGAAGCCACAGGGCAAUGGUCCGUUGGCUGAAAUUGAUUUCUGGAGGGAAAGAAACGCAGCUCUUAGUGCGUUGAGUGAACAGUUAAAGUUACCAACAGUGACCAAGAUGUUGGAUGUUCUUGCACAGAAAGCUGACACAACCGCUUUGUCAAAUUUUAAAAUGAGUCGCGAUGAAUUAUCGAAAUAUUAUACGGAAGCAAAAGAUAAUGUUCGAUUCUUAACAACACUCGAACGACAUUUCAAAAGUCUUGCACAUGGUGCUGGUUUCCACACUGUGGUUGAAACCAUUCCUUCCAUGAUGAAUGCACUGCGUAUGGUGUGGAUCAUUUCAAGGCAUUACAACAAAGAUGAGCGAAUGGUUCCUUUGAUGGAAAGAAUUGCUUGGGAGCUUGCUGAAAGAGUAACUCGUGUUAUUAACAUCCGAACAAUUUACAGAGAAUCACCUGAACAGGUUAAAUUAAAGACAUCAGAAGCUUGUCACAUGCUUGAGUUGUGGAAAGAAACUUAUUUUGAUGUGAGAGCAAAGAUAGAAGCUUCUGGAAGGGAUGCCCGUUGGGAGUUUGAUCGAAAACGUUUAUUUGAUCGUACAGAUUACAUGGCUGGCAUCUGCAAGAAUUUGCAUAAUGUUGCACAGGUCCUAGAGGAAUUUUACAACAUAUUUGGGCCUGAGUUAAAAGCAGUCACCGGUGACCCAAAGCGAAUUGAGGAUGUUUUAAAGAGAGUGGACGGCUUGGUUGGUCCAAUUGAAACUGUUAAAGUUGAUCCAUUCGAACUAAGAUCGGCAUCCAUGUGGAAAACUGUAAUGAACUGGUUUGAAAGAGAAGUGCAAGCUAUUGAAGUUGAAGCAAAACGUUUCAUUGAUGAAUCUUUCAAAACACUGAGAUCAGCAGAAGGAGCGUUUGAUAUGUUGCUUAAAUUCAAACACAUUCGAUCCAGGGAAGCAAUAAACAACCAGAUGAUGAGAAAAUUUAACGAUAUACUUGCUCAAUACAUGAAAGAGGUUGAAAUUAUCAACAAACUCUUUCUUCAAUCGAUGAAUGAUCCUCCAUUAACAAAGAACCAACCUCCGGUAGCUGGAGCAAUCUCAUGGGAGCGAUCCCUUUUCAACAGGAUGAAACACACCAUCAUCAGGUUUCAAAGUGUGGAUGACAUGCUGAUAACUGAACAGGGAAAAGCUGCUAAGGCAAAAUAUCUUUUGGUUGCUCGGCAAAUGAAAGAUUACGAAGACACAAAGUACCAGCAGUGGUUAGAAUACGUGGAUGGUGCUCUUCCAAGUUUGCUUAAGAGGAAUCUUCUUGUACAUCCUUUACCUCCAACAACACCAGCAGCUGGUAGUUCUUCUGGACCACCCCAGACACCAGCGAAUAUUGAAAAUGUUGAUUCAAAUGAUGAAUUCAAUGAUAUCUUCAACACAGAUGCGAAACAAAAUGAUGGAAUUCAAUACAUCGUCAAUUUUGCUCCUGAGCUGCAGGAAAUCACAACUGAAACUAAGUACAUGGAACAACUUGGUUUUCUGGUGCCAGAUCUUGCAAGGAAUGUUGCUCUCCAAGAGGAUAAGUACUUCUCAUACAUCAGUGGGUUGACACACAUGCUCAAUAGAUACCAUGCUCUCCUAUCAUCUCUAGAUAGCGCAGAGGCACAGUUACUUGAUGAACACAUACGUGAACUCAAGCGAGUCUUAAAACCUGGAUAUAAAAGACUUAAUUGGAAUUCUCUUGGUAUACAGGAUUAUAUUACACGAUGUGGGGUGGCGAUUGGAAAGUUUGAAUCUCUGGUGAAUCAGAUACAGAAGAAUGCAAAGGAUAUCGACAGCAGGAUACAGAUGAUUCGUAAUGUGGAUCUGUUCAAAAAAAUCCCUCCAAAGCAAUCUGGAGAUUUACCAAAUGUUAAAGAGUUCUUUGAAUAUAUUGAGUUAGAACGAGCGAAAGAUCUGGAGGCCUUAAGCAGAAAAUAUCGAGCAAUUGGUCCACUCUUAACUAAAAUGGAAGGGCUGGUGGCACACACUAAUACUGGCAAGUCACCAAGAUUGCACAGGUAUUAUGAGCACUGGGAGAGACAAAUGUUUGAUUCUCUCACUGAACUUGUGACCAGAAACUUAUCCAAUUUUAAUGAUGCUGUGACUGGCAACACACAAUUGAUGCAAAUUGAAACAAUUCUUUCAACACCUGAGAUCGUGCUUCAUCCUGCUGCCAAUGAAGUUCACAAGUUAACUGUGCAGUGUGUGCGUGAUUGUGUGGAAAGCACCAAACACUUUGUGAGAUGGAUGGCAGGAACUUGCGCUGAAACACCAGCUCAGCAAGCAGAAGGUCAAGAUGAACCAGUUCUUAUAACAUUCUAUCAAGACAUUGCACCCAAUCCUCGCAUAGCUGAGUUGUUUACCUCCAUUUCAAGCAACAUGCAGAAGAUAUUAUCCAAUCUAACCAAGUUUCUUGGCCAACCCAAAUGGAAAAGAUAUCGAGCAUUAUGGAAACUUGAAAAAACCAUUGUGAUGGAAAAGUUUGCAGCAAAGAAUCCUUCAUGUGUUGCAUAUGAUGAUAAAUUACUAUUUUACAGCAAAAUAGCUGAAGAUGUGUUCUUACAAGCCACUCCAAAGGAUGAACAAUGUUUGAAAUUGAAUCUUGUCCCACUUGCAAUGACAGUGCAGGAACACGCACUCAUGUGGGUUCAAUCUCUUGGUAAAUUACUCAAUGAUUCUGCAAAGGAAAAUCUCUUUUCUCUCAGAGAUAUGUUGAAUCAAAUGGCUAAAGAUCUACAGAGGAGCCCAGAUAGUCUUGAAGACUUAAAGUUUGUUCUUGGCGUAAUUUCUAACACAAAAGCAAUAUCUCUUGAUGUUGAAAUGAGAAUAAGUGACAUCAUUGAAAGGUAUCGCACAAUUCAAAUGUACAAGAUUGAAUUCUCCGAUGAAGAAAGAAAUUUAGUUUCAACAAUUAAACAAACAUGGGAUGACUUGUUUUUUAAUGCCAAGGUUGUGGAUGUUGGCCUUACAAGUGUAAAAAUCAAGUUCACGAAAAUUACACAAGAACAAAUAACCGUGUUUAAAGGAGAACUUGAAGGUUUUGCCGACACGUUUCAUGAAUCAGGACCGGGUGCUGUUGGUGCCGACCUUGAACAUGGCUUGAAAAUUCUAACUCAGUUCAGAAAAGAUCUUCAGAAAUAUGAAGCUGACAGGCAGGAAUUGACAAAUGCAGAGAAAUUGUUCGACCUUCAAAUCACUCCCUAUCCAAAUUUAGUUCGUGUACAAAACGAAAUGAAAGGAUUAGAAAUGAUUUAUGCUUUGUAUCAAGAACAGAGUGUUGCAAGGGAGGAGUGGGCUCAAACUUUAUGGGCAAACCUGAACGUCAAUCUGCUUGUGGAAGGCAUCGAAAACUUUGUAAAGAAACUGAAAAAGUUUCCAAAACCAGUAAAAGCUCUUCCUCCUGCUCAACAUCUUGAUGCAAAGAUGAGAGAAUUUAAGGAAUCGAUUCCUUUGUUCUUGGAUCUCAAGAAUGAAGCUCUAAGAGAACGUCAUUGGAAAGAACUGAUGACAAAAACUGGGAAAAACUUUGAUAUGAAUCCUGACACAUUCACCCUUGAAAACUUAUUUUCCAUGCAACUUCAUAAUUAUGCUGACACAAUUGCUGAGAUUGUCACUGCUGCUUCAAAAGAACUGAGCAUUGAAAAGGGGUUGAAAGAAGUGGUUGAAACAUGGGAGAUGAUGAAGUUUGUUGUCAUCAAAUAUAUGAAGGGAACUCAAGACAGAGGAGUUGUUCUAGGUUCUGUGGAUGAGGUCAUGCAGAUAUUGGAUGAUAAUGCGAUGAACUUACAAAGUAUGUCUGCGUCGAGAUUUGUUGGCCCUUUCCUUGGAUCCGUGCAAAAUUGGGAGAAGGGACUUUCUCUGAUUAGUGAGGUAUGUGAUGUGUGGAUGGUGGUGCAAAGAAAAUGGAUGUAUCUCGAAUCUAUUUUCAUUGGUGGAGAUAUCAGGUCUCAACUUCCAGAAGAAGCAAAGAAAUUUGACAACAUUGACAAGAUGUUUAAGAAGAUUAUGCAGGACACAGUGAAGAACCCAAAGAUCAAAGAUGCAUGCCAUGCUCCUAACCGACUUCAGGAUCUUCAAAAUCUAAGUGAUGGAUUGGAAAAAUGUCAGAAAUCAUUAAAUGAUUAUCUUGACUCAAAACGAAAUGCUUUCCCAAGGUUUUUCUUCAUUUCCGAUGAUGAGUUGCUCAGCAUCCUUGGAAGCAGCGAUCCCAGAUGUGUCCAGGAGCACAUCAUUAAAAUGUACGACAAUAUUUCCAAACUCCAGUUCCAGGAGGGAGCAUCAGGGGAGUGGAUUGUGGCGGGAAUGAUUUCUGCUGAGGGAGAGAAAAUGAACUUUUAUAAAAACGUACCAGCGGAGGGCAGAGUAGAGGAUUGGAUGACAUCUGUGUUGGGGGAAAUGAGAAGUACAAACCGACUUAUCACAAAAGAAGCUGUCUUUACUUAUUGUCAUGAAAUAGAUCGUGUUGAAUGGAUGUUACCUUACCAAGGUAUGGUUGUGUUGGCUGGCAACCAGAUAUGGUGGACAUGGGAGGUUGAAGAUGUUUUUCAUAAGGUAAGAAAGGGUGAUAAGCUUGGAAUGAAGAACUAUGCAGUGCAGAUGCAUGGUCAGAUAGAUAGCUUGGUAACCAAGAUUCAAUCCCCGCUUAAUUCAAAUGAACGGAAAAAGUUUAACACUGUGUUAAUCAUUGAUGUCCACGCUCGUGAUAUCAUUGAUACCUUUGUUCGUGAUUCUAUUCUCGAUGCCAAGGAGUUUGAAUGGGAAUCUCAACUGAGGUUUUAUUGGGAGAAGGAAUCAGAUCAACUUGAAGUUAAACAGUGCACGGGAUCAUUUGGAUACGGUUACGAAUACAUGGGGUUGAACGGUCGUCUUGUCAUCACUCCUCUUACUGAUCGUAUCUACUUGACAUUAACACAAGCUUUAUCCAUGUACUUGGGAGGGGCUCCUGCUGGUCCUGCUGGUACUGGCAAAACAGAAACCGUCAAAGAUUUGGCGAAAGCUCUUGGUUUGUUGUGCGUUGUUACAAACUGUGGGGAAGGGAUGGAUUUUAAGGCUGUUGGUAAAAUAUUCUCUGGUCUUGCCCAAUGUGGUGCAUGGGGAUGCUUUGAUGAAUUUAACAGAAUCGACGCUUCUGUGCUUUCGGUUGUGUCAUCUCAGGUUCAAACCAUCAGGAAUGCCCUUAUGCAUCACUUGAAGAGAUUUCAUUUUGAGGGAACAGAAAUUUCCCUUGAUGGAAGGAUGGGAAUUUUCAUCACGAUGAAUCCUGGUUAUGCUGGUCGUACAGAACUUCCUGAAAGCGUGAAAGCUUUGUUCAGACCUGUGGUUGUGAUCGUGCCUGACCUGCAACAGAUCUGUGAGAUAAUGCUCUUCUCAGAAGGAUUCCUCACGGCAAAAGUUUUAGCGAAGAAGAUGACAGUGUUGUAUAAACUUGCUAAGGAACAACUUUCCAAACAACAUCAUUAUGACUUUGGACUCCGUGCGCUUAAAGCUGUGUUGGUUAUGGCUGGUGAUUUGAAAAGAGGUUCAGCUGAUCUUCAUGAAGAAGUUGUGUUGAUGAGAGCAUUGCGUGAUAUGAAUCUUCCAAAGUUCAUAUUUGAGGAUGUUCCGUUGUUCCUUGGUUUGAUCGGAGAUUUGUUUCCUGGACUUGACUGCCCUCGUGUACGUUACCCCAACUUCAAUGAUGCAGUGGAGGAUGCCAUACUUGGUAACAACUAUGUCUUGCUUGAAAACCAAGUUGACAAAGUUGUGCAAUUAUACGAAACAAUGAUGACACGUCACACAACAAUGAUAGUUGGACCAACGGGUGGUGGGAAGUCAGUUGUCAUCAACACACUUGCUCAAGCACAAACAAAGCUUGGCUUGAAUACAAAGAUGCAUAUUAUCAACUCAAAAGCAAUGACAGUAAUUGAGUUGUACGGUAUCCUGGAUCCCAUAACAAGAGAUUGGACAGAUGGCGUCUUGUCCAACAUCUUCAGAGAAGUCAAUAAACCAACAGAGAAGAAAGAAAAAAGAUACAUUCUCUUUGAUGGAGAUGUAGAUGCAUUGUGGGUGGAAAACAUGAACUCUGUGAUGGACGACAACAAAUUACUGACCUUGGCUAACGGUGAACGUAUUCGAUUACAAGGUCACUGUGCUCUCUUGUUUGAAGUUGGAGAUCUACAAUAUGCAUCUCCCGCCACUGUAUCAAGAGCUGGUAUGGUGUAUGUUGAUCCAAAGAACUUGAAUUAUGAUCCAUACUGGCAGAAGUGGAUCUCUCUACGUAGCAGUAAAAUAGAACAAGAUCUUCUAAACAAGUUGUACACCAAGUAUACAAUCCCAUGCAUUGAUCUGGUAUAUGAGGGUUUGGUGGAUGGUAGGCAAGGUAAACCAUUGAAGUUGAUUGUCCCACAAACCAAUCUUAACAUGCUCACCCAGCUGUGUAUGAUGUUGAAUGCCCUGCUUGAAGAAUAUAAAGUGGAUUCUGGUGAUCCUACUGUUCUGGAAUGUUUGUUCAUUGAAUCAAUGUACUGGUCAGUUGGAGGAACAUUGGUUGAAGAGGGUCGUGCAACAUUUGAUGAGUUUAUUAAAAAACUUGCAAGCAUGACUGGUGUAAAUGAUGAUGAAAAGUCUCCCGCUCGUCCUGGUGAAAUUCCAACCAAAUAUUCGACUUUGUACGAUUACCAUUUUGAUAUCGAUGAGAAUGCAUGGUUGCCAUGGAGUCAGAUUGUCCCAAAAUAUGAACAUGACCCAGAAUUGAAGUACAACCAGAUUUUGGUGCCAACCAUUGACACAACCAGAACAACAUGGUUGUUAAAACUUAUGGUGACAAUAAAGCGCCCAGUUGUACUUGUUGGUGAAACAGGAACAUCAAAAACAGCAACAAUACAAAACUUCUUGAGAGGAUUAGAUGCAGAUUCUCAUCUGAUGUUGCACAUCAACUUUUCAUCACGAACAACAUCCAUGGAUGUUCAGAGAAACUUGGAAGCAAAUGUAGAAAAGAGAACCAAAGAUCUUUAUGGUCCUCCACCUGGGAAGAGAUUGGUUGUCUUCAUGGAUGACAUGAACAUGCCACAGGUUGAUACAUACGGAACCCAACAACCAAUUGCUUUGUUAAAACUUCUUCUUGAGAAAGGUGGAAUGUAUGACAGAGGAAAGGAGCUUUAUUAUAAAUACUUACGUGAUCUCAGUUAUGUGGCAGCCAUGGGCAAGGCUGGUGGUGGUAGGAAUGAGGUGGAUCCUCGAUUUUUAUCGCUGUUCAGUGUUUUCAACAUGACGUUCCCAGCUCAUGAAUCUUUGCUUAAAAUUUACAACUCAAUACUUGAAGGCCACACUAUUCCUUUCAGUGAAGAAAUCCAGGGUUGUGUUCAACGUGUUACUACAAACACACUUGAGUUGUACAAGAACAUCGUCAAUGAUCUUCCACCAACUCCAUCCAAGUUCCAUUACAUCUUCAACCUCAGAGAUCUGUCCAGAGUUUAUCAGGGAAUAUGCACUUCUACACCUGAACGCUUCCCAAAACUUGAAAACUUUAUUCGUUUGUGGAGAAAUGAAUGUCUUCGGGUCUUUCACGAUCGAUUGAUCGAUGAAAAGGACAAAGCAACCACGCAAGCUCUAAUACAAAAACUUGUUGAAGAAAACUUCCCUAAAAUUGAAAGUUUUGUCAGCAGAGAUCCGUGUUUGUUUGGUGAUUAUCGAACAGCAAUGCAGGAAUCUGAACCACGAUUAUACGAAGAUGUUCAAGAUUUUGAUGCAGCAAAAGCUUUGUUUCAAGAAAUCUUGGAAGAAUACAAUGAGGAUCAUACAGCCAUGAACCUCGUUCUGUUUGAAGAUGCUUUAGAUCAUCUUACACGAAUACAUCGUGUCAUACGAAUGGACCAUGGACAUAGUUUGUUGGUUGGUGUUGGUGGUUCUGGCAAACAGAGCUUAACCAAGUUAGCUUCAUUUUCUGCUGGAUGCGAUGUUUUUGAAAUUGCAUUGAGUCGUGGUUAUGAUGAGUUGGCAUUUAGAGAAGAUCUUAAAAUUCUUUACAACAAACUUGGUAUUGAGAACAAGAAGACAGUUUUCCUUUUUACCGACUCUCAUGUGGCAGAGGAAGGAUUCCUUGAGUUGAUCAACAAUAUGUUGACGUCAGGAAUGGUACCGGCAUUGUUCGCUGAUGAUGAGAAAGAAGCCAUCAUUGGAUCAGUGAGAGAUGAAGCUUCAAAGAAUGGGUUUGGUCCAGCAAAGGAAUCUAUAUGGCAAUACUUUGUUACCAAGUGUCGAGAUAAUUUGCAUAUUGUGCUGGCUAUGUCUCCUGUUGGUGACCAGUUGCGUGUCAGAUGCCGUAACUUUCCUGGCAUGGUUAACAACACAGUAAUUGAUUGGUUCAUGCCGUGGCCCGAACAAGCUUUGUUCGCUGUCGCCACUUCAUUCCUCGGUGAAAAUCAAAUGAUACCUGAGGAACAUGUCGAUCAUGUUGUUGGUCACAUCGUGUUUGCUCAUCAAUCUGUUGGCAACUACAGCAAGCUGUUUGCUCAAAAACUGAGAAGAAACAAUUAUGUCACGCCCAAAAAUUAUCUUGAUUUCAUCAACAGUUACAAUGGAUUGCUGGAUAAGAAAGAUCAAGAAAUAUUGAAGAUGUGUGAAAGAUUGGACGGUGGUCUGCAGAAAUUAUCUGAAGCAACAGAACAACUGAAUGAACUCAACAAAAAACUUGCUGUGCAGAAAGUGGCAGUGACUGAGAAAACAGAAGCUUGUGAAGUUCUUCUCAGUGACAUCACAAUCAAAACACAAACAGCAACUGAAAAGAAGGAACUUGCGUCGGCAAAAGCUACAGAGAUUGAAGAGCAGAACAAGGUGAUAGCAGUUGAGAAGAAAGAUGCAGAGGAAUCACUCGCUGAAGCUAUGCCUGCCCUUGAAGCUGCUCGUCUUGCCUUGCAAGAUCUUGAUAAAUCUGAUGUCACUGAAAUUAGGUCAUUUGCGAAACCACCGAAAGCUGUACAGACUAUUUGUGAAUGUAUCCUCGUGAUGAAAGGUUAUCGAGAAAUUUCAUGGAAAACGGCGAAAGCGAUGAUGUCAGAAGGAAACUUCUUGAAAAGUUUGAUGGAGAUGGAUGUUGAUGCCAUCGGGUCUAACCAGACACGAACAGUGAAAGGCUUUCUUAAAAAUCUCGGAGUGAGUCUUCCCGAGAUGAAGAGCAUCUCCACUGCCGGUCACGGGAUGAUGAAGUUUGUGGAAGCGGUGAUGGGUUAUUGUGAAGUAGCUCGCGAAAUUAAACCAAAACGUGAAAAGGUGGCAAGAUUAGAAAGGAAUUAUCAUCAAUCGAAACGUGAGCUUGACAAGAUCAACAAAGAACUUGCUGCUUUAUCAGAAGAACUCAAUGCUUUGGGCUUAAAAUAUGAACAGGCAAUAGCAGAACAAAGACAACUUCAGGAGGAAGCUGAGAUUAUGGAGCGAAGAUUGAGAGCGGCUGAUAAACUUAUCAGUGGGUUGGGUUCAGAGAAUGUAAGAUGGAAUAUUGAGCUGGAAGAAUUAAAAAAACGACGCAUUAGGCUUUUAGGAGAUUGUUUGAUCUCAUCAGCUUUCCUUAGCUAUGAAGGGGCAUUUAGUUGGGAGUUUAGAAACAGCAUGGUGUAUGAAGAUUGGGUUAAAGAUGUAACGCAACGGAAAAUUCCGUUGUCUGAUCCAUUUAAACUUGAAAGUUUGCUCACAGAUGAAGUGGAAAUCAGUAAAUGGGGAUCUGAAGGUCUUCCUCCAGAUGAACUUUCAAUACAGAACGGCAUCCUCACCACGAGAGCAUCCCGUUUCCCCCUCUGUAUUGAUCCCCAGGAGCAAGCUCUUAGUUGGAUCCGGAAGAAAGAAGAGAAGAAUAAUCUCAAGGAAUCAUCAUUCAACAGUCCAGAUUUCUUGAAACAACUUGAACUUGCGAUUAAAUAUGGAUUUCCUUUCCUGUUUAAAGAUGUUGAUGAAUAUAUUGAUCCUGUUAUUGACAAUGUGCUUGAAAAGGAUGUGAAGGGAGGACAAGGAAGAGAAUUUGUCGUGCUUGGUGACAAGGAGGUAGAUUACGAUUCAAACUUUAAACUCUACCUCACAAGUAAACUAUCCAACCCAAGAUAUUCACCUGCUGUGUUUGGGAAAGCUAUGAUUAUCAACUACACAGUCACGUUGAAAGGACUGGAAGAUCAACUUCUCUCUGUUAUUGUGAAGUUCGAAAGAAAAGAGUUAGAAGAACAACGUGAACGGUUGAUUCAGGAAACCUCAGAAAAUAAAAAGUUGUUGAAAGAUUUGGAAGAUUCCCUACUUAGAGAACUCGCAACAUCCAAAGGAAACAUGUUAGACAACACUGAGUUAAUUGAAACACUUGAUGAAACAAAAUCUAAAGCAACUGAAGUAUCUGAAAAGCUUGCCAUGGCUGCAAAAACAUCAGCUGAUAUCGAUAAACUUAGAGAUGGAUAUCGUCCUGCUGCACGACGAGGAGCAAUACUCUUCUUUGUUUUAUCUGAGAUGGCGGUGAUCAACAACAUGUAUCAAUUCUCUCUCGCAUCUUUUCUCGGUGUCUUUGACUUUUCACUCCGAAAAAGUUUGCCAGAUUCGAUUCUACAUAAGAGGUUGAAGAACAUCAUUGAUACUCUCACGCACAAUAUUUACAACUAUGCAUGCACAGGUUUGUUUGAGAAGCACAAGCUUCUAUUCUCCUUCCAGAUGACAAUCAAGUUGGAACAGGAUCAGGGAAACAUUGCUCAGGAGGAACUUGAUUUCUUCUAUAAAGGAAACAUUGCUUUGGAAAAAAGCAGUCGUAAGAAACCACAUGACUGGAUACCGGAGCAAGGAUGGCAGGACAUCAUCGAACUCGCUCGCAUCCUUCCGGAUGUCUUUCAAACUCUCCCAGAUGAUGUACAGAAACAGGAGAGCUCGUGGAAGAAUUGGUAUGAUCAUGAUACACCUGAGGUCAUGCCCAUUCCUGGCAAAUACAAGGAAGGAGUGAAUGAUUUCCAUAAACUUUGUCUGCUCAGAUGUUUCCGUAUUGAUCGUGUGGUGCGCGCCAUCACUAACUACGUCAUCGUUAAAGUUGGAGAACUUUACGUUCAACCCCCGAUUAUUAGUUUUGAGUCGAUUUAUGAGCAGAGUUCUCCUGUUUCCCCCAUCGUCUUCAUCCUCAGUCCAGGUUCGGAUCCCGCAUCCGAUCUCAUGAAACUUGCUGAGAGGAGUGGAUUUGGUGGAAAUCGUUUAAAGUUUUUAGCCAUGGGUCAAGGCCAGGAGAAGGUGGCUCUUCAACUUCUGGAAACCGCCAUUGCUCGCGGCCAGUGGCUGAUGCUGCAGAAUUGCCAUUUACUUGUGAAGUGGCUCAAAGAAUUGGAGAAAUCUCUUGAAAGGAUUCAAAAACCUCAUCCCGAUUUCAGACUCUGGUUGACAACUGAAUCCAUUCCUGAAUUUCCGAUUGGAAUCUUGCAACGUUCACUAAAGGUGGUGACAGAACCUCCUAAUGGAUUGAAACUCAACCUCCGUAAUACUUACCAUAAAAUAACAGCUACAAUGUUGGGUGAAUGCCCACAUCCUGCAUACAGAUCGCUUGUGUUUGUGUUGAGUUUCUUCCAUGCUGUGGUCCAGGAAAGAAGGAAAUACGGAAAAAUUGGUUGGAAUAUUUCUUACGAUUUUAACGAAUCUGAUCACACAGUAUGCAUGGACAUAUUGAAGACUUAUUUGAUCAAAGCUUUCGAAUUGGGUGAUGACAAGAUACCGUGGGGAUCACUGAAGUAUCUUAUUGGAGAGGUGAUGUAUGGAGGUCGUGCUAUUGAUAAUUUCGAUAGAAGAGUUCUCACAACUUACAUGGAAGAAUAUUUCGGUGACUUCAUAUUCGAUACUUUCCAACCUUUCCAUUUCUUCCACAAUGAAGAGGUUGAUUACAAAAUACCAGAAGAUGAAGGCAACAAAGACAGCUAUGUUGAACUAAUUGAAAGUCUUCCACUAACAAACACACCUGAGGUGUUUGGACUUCAUCCAAAUGCAGAAAUUGGAUAUUACACUCAGGCGGCUCGUAAUAUGUGGGAAAAUCUGGUUGAUCUUCAGCCACAGACAGGAGAUACUGGUGGUGGAAUAAGCAGGGACGAUUACAUUAAUAAUGUUGCAAAAGAUAUACAGAACAAGAUUCCUGCUCCGUUUGAGUUGGAUAAGAUCCAUCGUAACUUGGGUGUAAAUAUAUCUCCAACAUCAGUUGUGCUUCUGCAAGAAUUGGAAAGAUGGAACAAACUUAUUGAACGAAUGGCUAAGUCUCUUGUAGAACUGCAGAGGGCAUUGGCUGGAGAAGUAGGAAUGAGCAAUGAGCUUGAUGAUUUAGCCAAAGCUUUGUUCAAUGGUCAGAUCCCAAGUAUAUGGCGGAAACUCGCACCAGAUACACUCAAGUCAUUGGGUAAUUGGAUGGAACAUUUCAAGAAGAGAUUUGAACAAUAUACUGUUUGGGUAAAUGAAGCAGAACCUGCAGUUAUGUGGCUUUCAGGUCUUCAUAUCCCUGAGUCGUACCUUACUGCUUUGGUACAAGCCACAUGUAGGAAGAAUGGCUGGCCAUUGGAUAGAUCAACACUUUACACACAAGUCACUCAGUGGCAAUCUGCAGAGGAAGUUACUGAAACAGCUCAUCAGGGUUGCUUUGUGAGUGGUUUGUACUUGGAAGGUGCAGCAUGGGAUAUUGAAAAUUGUGGUUUGAUCAAACCAAAACCAAAACAGCUUGUUCAAGAACUACCAGUGUUGAAAGUUAUUCCAAUCGAAGCACAUCGCCUCAAACUUCAAAACACGCUUUCAACUCCCGUGUACACGACAUCAAUGCGAAGAAAUGCGAUGGGUGUUGGGUUGGUGUUUAUUGCUGACCUUCAUACAACUGAGCAUAUUUCACAUUGGGUUUUACAAGGAGUGUGUCUUACUCUUAAUUCAGAUUAAAGAUCUUGAAAACAUUGUUUUUAAAGUUUCAUUUUGUUUUCUAUUCGUUUUUAAGAUUUAAAUCUCAUACUGAACGUAUGAUGUGUACAAGUUUGCAAGUGUAAUCUAAAAAUGCUCUUAUGUAUAUUUUUACACUGUGUUUUUUGAGUUUAUAGGAUUUAAUUUUGUUGAAAAUAAAACUAUUGUAUUUGUAA